CAACAUAUGAUGAUUCCAACAAUGUCCGACUACGCGAGUUACCUUGGAACAAACCUUGCCAGCCUCCAGAAGAUGCAGACUAAGACCAAGAGCUUCCGAAUAGAGGACAUCCUGGACAUCCGGGACCAACAAGACCAGAUCUACACCGGGGUCAGGGCUGAAUGUGAAGUAAACUGUUACGACAAAAUGCGGCUAGAUGGAAAACGUAUCAGAGGACCGAGAAAAGACAGAACCAUAUUCAGCAAGAUACAGCUCUUCCGCUUAGAAAGGAGAUUCCACGAUCAGAAGUACCUGUCCUCGUACGAAAAAGCUCUGAUUGCUCACUCACUCCAGUUGACUCAACAACAGGUUCAAACGUGGUUUCAGAACCGCCGAGCUAAAGCAAAGCGAGAGGAGAGAGAAAAAGAAGAAACAAGUGGGCAAAUCCAUCGGCUCCUCCCCACCUCCUUCAUCCUCAUCCCCUGGGGGAUCUUUCGAAGUAGAUGCUGACACACCCACCUCUUCCGGAUAUGGAAUGCUCUCUGAUAAUACUCUGACCGGUAGUCCUCUGUCUCCCUCCAGACUCCAGUCUCCGCGUGGAGAAGAAUCCCCGACAGCCGGCACUAGGCUCUCUCCAGUCGGGACCUCCCUAGUAUCCUCACCUCCCCCCACUCCCCUCAUAUCUACAACUUCUCCCCUCAUCUCGAGAUCUCCUCUUAUCCCCACCUCUCCCUUUGUGUCCACCUCGCCCCUUAUCUCUACCUCACUCAUCUCCCCUACCUCACUGAUAUCCUCAGCUCCUCUCAUCUCACCUGUUAUGAGACUGGUCUCUAUGUGCAGUUCAGUGGGUGGUGACAUCAUCUCUCCCUCCUCCGUCGCUAAUAGAGUCCUCACCACUCCUGUCUCAACUAAACCACUGGACAAUCAGACGGACAAACUUAGAAACAGUGCAAUCCACAGGUUCUCCAUUGAUCAUCUGACAUCACGCAGAUGAAAGGGAGGGAAUCCUGUUGAAAUUUGUUUCGACCAUAUAUCGUUUCGCUGUUAUGAUUUGAUUUGAGCUCUCUGAUUUGAUUGUUGAGCUUGGAGUUUUUGAAAAAUACGGUUUGAGUUACUAUGCUGUGUAUUUAUCUCUUAUAAAAUUCUUAUUUUUUAAUCGUAGUCAGUCUGGACUGUUUGAUGUGAAUAUUUUGGGCCAUAUUGCAUCCCGUAAUGUAGAACCUUCUUAUAUGUUGAAGCAUGAACUCAGGAAUAAGACUGUAUUGAUAAGAAUAUGUGUAGCUGUAUUGGAUCUGUUACUUUGGCAUGGAUAAAAUUUAUUUUAAUGUAAGAAUGUUAGGAGGUGACCUUUGGUCUAUAAAUCCUGUACAUUUUAACGAACCUUAGUUAUUGUUAUUUCGAAAUUUACUUUGCUAUCAUUACAAUUCACUGCAGUGAAUUGUAAUCUUAAUUCCCAUAAAAAUAAUAUUUUCUGAAACUUAUUCUAGUGUAUUCUACGAUUAUUAAGAUUCUGGAAACUUUUUGAUCAGCCUUUUGGAUCUGUACAACAUUAAACUGUCUGUUAUAUUAGAACAGAAGUACAACUAAAAAAUAUUUCAAAUUUAGCAUUUAAGGAAUUCUAAGUUGAGAGAAUUGAAUGGAUCUUCAUAAUGUAUAAACUGAAGUUAAAUUCGAAGUACGUGGCAAUGAAUUACACUGAGUUAUUGAAAUAUUUUAAAUUAGUCCCAACAUACGAGCUUUGUGGCCCGAAAUAAAUUCGAUAUUCUGAGUAUAUUAUAUUUGUUUAUUUGUACAAAAUGUUAUAUGCAAUGGUGACAUGUUUUAUGUUGAAUUCAAU